GUCCCAACUUAAUUACCCUGUCCGACUCGUCUCCCAUGGCGCCCUCCCUCGACAUCCUUCUUCUCACCGUCGACGACUAGCUGUUGUCCCCCGCCCCGACCGCCCAUGACGCGCCGCGGGUACUCGCUCGUGCCCCAGUCGCCCUCACCUGUGGGCGACCGCAGGAGCCGCUCAGUGCUCACAACAUCUUCAAUAACAGUCACAAGUCUUGCGCCAGAAGUAGUCGAGGAGAUCGAGGCCGAAGAGGACGCACAUGCAGGCGUUAGAGCCGUGGAGGCCGCGAAGCAUGUCUUCGGCCGCACAUCGCGAUGGUCUCUCUUCACAGGGAUCGCACUCGCGUCGUACGUGUACUCGCUAGACAACCAGACGACCUCAAACUACCUCGCCUUCGCAACAUCCCACUUCGGCGCGCACAGCCUUAUAUCCUCCCUCCAAGUUGCGCAGUCCAUCAUCGUCGCGUGUGGAAAACCCGUAAUUGCAAAAGUUGCCGACGUCACAUCUCGCGGUACCGCAUAUGUAGUCGUUCUUGUAUUCUAUGUUCUUGGAUACAUCGUCAUUGCUCUCUCGCCAAACGUCGGUGCCGUCGCAGCCGGCAUCGUCCUCUACGCUAUCGGCUACACAGGACUCCAACUGCUCACUUCCGUUAUCAUCGCUGAUAUCACUACCCUUCAAUGGCGCGGGAUUGUGACGGGAAUGACUUCCUUGCCAUUCCUGGUCAACGCUUUUGUUGGCGCGAACUUGUCCAGCUUCUUCCUGGAGCACCUCACCUGGAGAUGGGGAUACGCCAUGUUCGCUAUUCUGGUCCCUAUGGCUCUCUCGCCGCUGAUCAUCACGUUGUUCUGGGGCGAGCACAAAGCGAAGAAACUCGGUCUAAUGAACGCCCCUACGCACAGCGAAAUAUUGUCACAGGACAAGCCCACCAGACUUCAACGUGCAUGGCGUUUCGCGGAACAGCUCGAUCUCGUCGGCCUCAUCCUCCUUGGAGGCUCAAUAGCAAUGAUCCUGCUACCGAUGACGCUCGCGCAGAGGUCGAAAGGCCAGUGGAGUAGUCCCCCCAUGCUCGCGAUGUUCAUUGGGGGCUGGAUCUUCCUCCCGGUGUUCGCGCUUUGGGACCUGCGCUACGCCAAACGGCCUGUGAUUGCUCGGCGAUUCCUAGCUAACCGGACGGUCGUCUGUGCCGCCUGGAUCGGCUUCUUCGACUUCCUGUCCUACUUCUUGACGUACACCUACCUCUCCUCCUUCGUACUCGUGACGAAGCCUUGGUCGAUGACGAGCGUAUUCUACUUCGGCCAGAUACAAACGCUCGGUCUGACCUUCUUUGGCAUCAUCGCCGGAAUUAUGAUGCGCUUCCUGCACCGCUACAAGUGGAUCCUAUUCUGCGGACUUUGUAUCCGCCUAGUCGGCGUCGCGCUCAUGAUCCACUCGCGCGGCGCAGACGGGUCGGACGCAGAGCUCGUAUGGACGCAGGUCCUGCAAGGCAUGGGCGGCGGCUUCGCGGCGAUCUGCUCUGGCAUCGGCGCGCAGGCGAGCGUCCCGCACGCCGACGUCGCGAUGAUCACCGCGCUCGUGCUGCUGUGGACGGAGAUCGGGGCGGGCGUCGGCGGGAGCAUCGCGGGCGCGAUCUGGAGCGGGGCGAUGCCCGGCGCGCUGAAGGAGCACCUGCCGGGAUUGACCCAGGAGGAGCGGGACGCGCUGUUUGGGAGCAUCACGGAUGUGCGCGCGCGUCCGCUGGGUGACCCGGUUAGGCAGGGUGUCAUCGCUGCCUACAGCGACACGAUGAAGACGAUGCUGAUCGCAGCGACGGUGCUGAGCGUGGUGCCCGUGGGCCUCGCGCUGCUCAUGCCGGACUGGUACCUCGGCGACCAGCAGAACGCGGUGUACGACGCGGACGCGGGGCGCCGCUCCGCGCGCACGUCCACGUACGUCGGCGAGGAGGGUGUGGAUGAGGUCGUGAGCGACGAGGACGAGGAGGACGUAGAGGAGGAACAGGAAGAGGCGGAGCGAUGAGACGAGGCUAAGGAUGGAUAUGGAUGGACAUGGACGGGACGGAGGGGAGGAGAUUGCUUUAUAUCCAGAUGUAGAUCUACGUGUAUACCAGGCGGAGGCGCUCUCUUGUUUGGACGGGGACCCUUAAUCACAUACCAC